CGCCUCACAGCCAUGCGGAGCUGAGCUCCGGCCCGGGCCCUGGCCGCCGCAGCCCGCCCCGGCUCCCGCCCUCGCGGACCCGCCCGGCCCUCGGUCUCGGCGCCUUAGCCGCCCCGGGCCGGCCGAGCCCCCCGCGCAGGGCCCGGGCCGCGGCCACGGCGGCGGCGGCGGCGGUGGCGGCGACGCGCCCGCCCGGCCCCCUCCCCCGGCGCCGGCCAAGUGAGGCGGUGAUGCGGGCGCUGGCGGCCUGGGCUGAGCCGAGAGCGGAGACACAGGCUCAAGAUGGCAGAUUCCCACUGAGGCUGAGGGGACCGAGCUCGCGCGCCGCGUUCCCUUCUCCGUUGCCAUGAACCGCGGACACCCCGGCUCCGAUGGCCCCCGUGUACGAAGGUAUGGCCUCACAUGUACAAGUUUUCUCCCCUCACACCCUUCAAUCAAGUGCCUUCUGUAGUGUGAAGAAACUGAAAGUAGAGCCGAGUUCCACCUGGGACAUGACUGGGUACGGCUCCCACAGCAAAGUGUACAGCCAGAGCAAGAACAUACCACCUGCUCAGCCAGCCUCCACAACCGUCAGCACCUCCUUGCCAAUCCCAAACCCGAGCCUACCUUACGAGCAGACCAUCAUCUUCCCAGGAAGUACUGGACACAUAGUUGUAACAUCAGCAAGUAGCACUUCUGUCACCGGGCAAGUCCUCGGCGGACCACAUAACCUAAUGCGUCGAAGCACUGUGAGCCUCCUUGACACCUACCAAAAAUGUGGACUCAAGCGAAAGAGUGAGGAGAUUGAGAACACAAGCAGCGUGCAGAUCAUUGAAGAGCAUCCACCCAUGAUUCAGAAUAAUGCCAGCGGGGCCACUGUAGCUACUGCCACCACAUCCACUGCCACCUCCAAAAACAGUGGCUCCAACAGUGAAGGUGACUAUCAGCUGGUACAGCAUGAAGUGCUGUGCUCCAUGACCAACACCUAUGAGGUUUUAGAGUUUUUGGGCAGAGGGACAUUUGGACAAGUGGUCAAGUGCUGGAAACGGGGCACCAAUGAAAUUGUGGCCAUUAAGAUCCUAAAGAACCACCCUUCCUAUGCCCGACAAGGUCAGAUUGAAGUGAGCAUCCUAGCCCGGCUGAGCACAGAGAGCGCCGAUGACUACAACUUUGUGCGGGCCUAUGAGUGCUUCCAACACAAGAACCACACGUGCUUAGUCUUUGAGAUGCUGGAGCAGAACCUCUAUGACUUUCUGAAACAGAACAAGUUUAGCCCCUUGCCCCUCAAGUACAUUCGCCCAGUCCUCCAGCAGGUAGCUACAGCCCUGAUGAAACUCAAAAGCCUGGGUCUUAUCCAUGCUGACCUCAAACCAGAAAACAUCAUGCUGGUAGAUCCAUCCAGACAGCCAUACCGAGUGAAGGUCAUUGACUUCGGUUCAGCCAGUCAUGUGUCCAAAGCCGUCUGCUCUACCUACUUGCAAUCCAGAUACUACAGGGCCCCCGAGAUCAUCCUUGGUUUGCCAUUCUGUGAGGCAAUUGACAUGUGGUCCCUUGGUUGUGUCAUUGCUGAGCUGUUCCUGGGCUGGCCGUUAUAUCCAGGAGCUUCCGAGUAUGAUCAGAUUCGGUAUAUUUCACAAACACAGGGUUUGCCAGCUGAAUAUUUAUUAAGUGCAGGGACAAAGACAACUAGGUUUUUCAACCGUGACACAGACUCUCCGUAUCCUUUGUGGAGGCUAAAGACACCAGAUGACCAUGAAGCAGAGACGGGAAUUAAGUCAAAAGAAGCAAGAAAGUACAUUUUCAACUGUUUGGAUGAUAUGGCCCAGGUGAACAUGACAACAGAUCUGGAAGGGAGUGACAUGUUGGUAGAGAAGGCAGACCGACGGGAAUUCAUUGACCUAUUAAAGAAGAUGUUGACCAUCGAUGCUGAUAAGAGGAUCACUCCCAUCGAAACUCUGAACCACCCCUUUGUCACAAUGACACACCUGCUCGAUUUUCCCCAUAGUACACAUGUCAAAUCUUGUUUCCAAAACAUGGAGAUCUGCAAGCGCCGGGUGAAUAUGUAUGACACAGUGAACCAGAGCAAAACACCUUUCAUCACACACGUGGCCCCUAGCACAUCUACUAACUUGACCAUGACCUUUAACAACCAGCUGACCACUGUCCACAACCAGGCUCCCACCUCCACCAGUGCCACUCUUUCCUUAGCCAAUCCCGAAGUCUCCAUACUAAACUACCAAUCUGCACUCUACCAGCCCUCAGCGGCAUCCAUGGCCGCGGUGGCCCAGCGGAGCAUGCCCCUGCAGACGGGAACAGCCCAGAUUUGUGCCCGGCCCGAUCCCUUCCAGCAAGCUCUCAUCGUGUGUCCCCCUGGCUUCCAAGGCCUGCAGGCCUCUCCCUCCAAGCAUGCUGGCUACUCAGUACGGAUGGAAAAUGCUGUUCCCAUCGUCACUCAAGCUCCAGGAGCUCAGCCUCUUCAGAUCCAACCAGGUCUGCUUGCUCAGCAGGCCUGGCCAGGUGGGGCCCAACAGAUCCUGCUUCCUCCAGCCUGGCAGCAGCUGACUGGCGUGGCCACCCACACGUCAGUGCAGCAUGCGGCUGUGAUUCCUGAGACCAUGGCAGGCACUCAGCAACUAGCCGACUGGAGGAACACACAUGCUCAUGGAAGCCAUUACAAUCCCAUCAUGCAGCAGCCUACACUCUUGACUGGACAUGUGACCCUUCCAGCAGCGCAGCCCUUAAAUGUGGGUGUAGCCCAUGUGAUGAGGCAGCAACCAACCAGCACCACCUCCUCCAGGAAGAGUAAGCAGCACCAGUCAUCUGUGAGAAAUGUCUCCACCUGUGAGGUGACCUCUUCCCAGGCUACCAGCUCCCCUCAGCGAUCUAAGCGUGUCAAGGAGAACACUCCCCCACGGUGUGCCAUGGUGCACAGCAGCCCAGCCUGCAGCACCUCAGUCACCUGUGGGUGGGGUGAUGUGGCCUCCAGCAGCACCAGGGAACGACAGCGGCAGACGAUUGUCAUCCCUGACACCCCCAGCCCCACGGUCAGUGUCAUCACCAUCAGCAGUGACACGGAUGAGGAGGAGGAACAGAAACACGCCCCCACCAGCACAGUCUCCAAGCAAAGGAAAAACGUCAUCAGCUGUGUCACAGUCCACGACUCUCCCUACUCGGACUCCUCCAGCAACACCAGCCCCUACUCGGUGCAGCAGCGGACAGGGCACAGCGGCACCAGCGCCUUGGACACUAAGGGGGGAUUAGAGAGUCACUGUCCUGGCAACCCCCGCACCAUCAUCGUACCCCCUCUGAAGACCCAGGCCAGUGAAGUGUUGGUAGAAUGUGACAGCCUGGGGCCAGCAGUCAGUACCAGUCACCAUUCAUCCUCCUUCAAGUCCAAGUCCUCCAGCGCCGUGACCUCCACCAGUGGCCACUCUUCAGGGAGCUCAUCAGGAGCCAUCGCCUACCGGCAGCAGCGGCCAGGCCCCCAUUUCCAGCAGCAGCAGCCCCUCAAUCUCAGCCAGGCUCAACAGCACAUGGCUGCAGACCGCACUGGGAGUCACCGUCGACAGCAGGCCUACAUCACUCCUACCAUGGCCCAGGCUCCUUACACCUUCCCACACAACAGCCCCAGCCAUGGCACUGUACACCCCCACCUGGCUGCAGCUGCCCACCUUCCCACCCAGCCUCACCUCUACACCUAUACAGCGCCCACAGCCCUAGGCUCCACUGGCACCGUAGCCCACCUGGUGGCAUCCCAAGGCUCAGCACGCCACACUGUGCAGCACACUGCCUAUCCGGCCAGCAUCGUCCACCAAGUUCCCGUGAGCAUGGGGCCCCGGGUCCUACCCUCACCCACCAUCCACCCCAGUCAGUAUCCGGCCCAGUUUGCCCACCAGACCUAUAUCAGCGCCUCACCAGCCUCCACCGUCUACACUGGAUACCCACUGAGUCCUGCCAAGGUCAACCAAUACCCUUACAUCUAAACACUGGAGAGGGCCCGCAGGGCGCGGGGUGGAGGAGCUCCCAGCAGACCUGGGGAGCUGGGGUUUUAUACUGCAGGUGCCGCACACAGACAAUGCAAAUGGGGCGGGGAGGGGGCAGCUGUGGGGGGACUUGAACUAGACGGGGAGGACUUAGGGCAGAGAAGAGAACGUUUUAAAGGAAGGGAUUAAGGAGUGGGAAAUCUAUGCUUUUUAUUUUAAAAAAGAAAAAGGAAAAAAAAAAGAAAAAGAAAAAUGUUAGUAACAAAAGAGGAAAAAAAGAAAAAAACACAGCUCACAAACCCAUUCUGCACCAAACUGGAAAGGAAAAGAAGAGCUACAGGAAGAUUCUGGAAGCAAGGGGCCCCAGUUUUUGAAGAACUUUAUGAACUUUUUAAAGAUUAUUUUCAUAUGGCAGCAGUGACACUGAAGAGUUUGCUGUCAGGGACACCUGAUACAGAAAUCCAAUAGAUUUUUAAUUAAUUGAACAUGAAAAGUAGGGAUUUUUCCAGAACUCCAAAAGGGUCAGCACCCCUUUCAAAUGUCAGGCCAUGGCCUGAGGAGGCUCAUAUUUGGGGAUUGGUCUGGGGUUGACAAAGCCCAGUUCUGGCUCAUUCAUCAGGAAUAGUGGGGUCAGCCAGACUGAUGGAAAGAAGACCCCUCAGGAGAGGGGUGGGUUUCCUCUUUUGGGGCAUUCUGGAUAAAUCUCUAAGCAAUGUUAUUCCUCAGAUGUCAUUAAUAAUGUGUGUUGCAGUCUUUGAUUUUUUUCUUUUCCGAGACUUUUUUUUCUCUUUGAAUCUACCCCUAGUCGUGUACAUAGGGCUAGUGGUCGUCACGGACACCCUCGUAGAAUGUAGCACUCUGCACCCUUGUUUCCUACCUUGUGUUCAACUCCAGUGAUACCAAUAGACUAUUCCUCAAUAUAAUUGCACAAAAAAGUGAUAUAACAUAGGCAUGGAACCAAUGUGGUGGUCUAGGUGAACGAGUGAGUGUGCAUGAGUGUGCACGUGUGGGUGUGAGCAGGGCUGCCACCCUCCCUGUGUGUCCCUUGGCACCGCCGUCACAGCCCUUGCAGUCUUGAUUUUACAUCAUUCCCUCCUAGUGCCUUAACGACCGACAGACAGACAGACAGACAGACACGGUGAAGGGUUUACUUCCACUGGUACUCCAAGAAACUGCCUGGGGCUGGUCAGAUACGUUCUCAGCUCUGUGUUAAGCUGUUAGAGUAUUUUACUUGGGUCUUUUUGUUUUUGUAUCAUUUUAAUGUCAUGGGGAUUGUCUUUCCUGGGCUCAUUGUGAGCAGAAGGAUUUUAAAGAAGCUUGCAUUAGAAGGGGAGGAUCACGGGUCUCAAGAGGGAUGUGGAAGCCAGGUGGGGGCACACUGGUGACAGCUGGUUCUCUUGCUGAGCUUUACUCUGAGGGCAGAGGUCCAGAGAGACUUCCUGCCUGCCCUAGCUCUGCCUCAUAUGGCGUGCGGGGCUCUUAAGAAUGUCAGCUUUGCCUCAGCCUCCAAGCCCACCACACCUCCUUCCUGGAGCCGUAUGGGGAGAAGCAGGAGACCUGUUCCCGUUUCUAGUUACCUCCCCAGGCCCGCCCGCCCUCCCUCCCUCCCCCCCUUCCUCCCACAAGAAGCCUGAUCCUCUCAUCACACCCACACCUCUCUGCACCAGCUCCAGGGGCUGCAGUCAGACUGCUAGUGUGCCCAGCUCUCCCCUGCAGACCUCCACUGGUAAGUUUGCUGUUGCUUCUUUCCUGAAGUUAUCCUAGGCCUCCCAACACACCUUGACCUCUGCUUUUGAGAGAGAUACAGCAGGCAGAGGGGCUGGAGGGACAUUUGGGAAAACACUCCCAUGGACAAUUAGGCCUCCAAAGAAGUCUGCCCUGAACCCUCACCUUUGCACCUUUGCUACAUCUGGAUAUUUUCUCCAACUUUGAACAGUGAGGUGGGUAGGAAUUUUGUAUUCCUACUGAGAAACUCUGAAGCCAUGGAGGGUGGAGACCAGUCGGGUCCUGGAUGGGACACAGUAGCAUGGUAUGGAUUGUUUGAUCCUGGUGUGAGUCCUAGCUGGCCCCAAUCCACAUCUUCAGGUAAAAGGUCUCGUCAGCAGUCCAGACUCCCUCCCUGUCUUCCUUCUGCAGGCCCUGAGCAAUCUACUGUGAAAGGCUUUCUUCAUGAUACCUGCCCUCCUUCAGUAACAAAGCUUACUUAGCUUUUAGCUGUGAAAAACUCUGGAAACUUCCCUACUCAUCAGUUCUUAUAAAGUCCCCAAACUGGGUAUGUCUUAGUGCACCUUGGGCCAAAAAGAAGAGAUGCUGGAGCCCGGCAAGGCCUGACCCACUUCCAGCCACGGACUUGCUGGAGGCAUAAUGAAUGAAGCAGGCCUGGGGUAGGAGCUGCAUCCUUCUCUCUUCCUGCUCAGGACCACGUUAGCCCAAGACUGGCUUUAGCUGCAAGUGAGACAGCGGAAAAGUCAGUUCAAAGAGGGGUGGGAAGCCAAGUCUGUGGAGAAGCCCUGAGCUAGAGGCUCCCAGAGCCUCACGGCAUGGAAAUCCAUCUGUCACAGUUUCCCGUGGGACCUUCGCAUACUAGAGUCACCAGGCGUCUGGUCCUGACUGAGAGUGGACCUGGCUUUGCCUCGCUGUGUGGCAGCAUCUGGAGGCCAACGCCGUCUGGAGCUGGUCGUCUGGGGGAGGGAUGACUCUGUCCUCUCCUCUCUUCUCGUCUGCUUAGACGGAAGCUUCUCACUCUUCCCCACUGUGUCCUCCCUUCCCUUUCCAGAUCAAGAGUGAACGUCCUUGCUGCUCGUCAGGUUAGUGUCAGUGUACUGAUGGUUUGUGUUGUUGCCACUGUGAUUAAGGUCAUUGUCACCUUGUUGCUCCUUAGUCAGGGUUUGAAGUAGACAUUUAUUCCAAGUAUCUGUGUCUUCUUCGUAAUGUUGAAACUUACUUUAUUAUAGCUGUGAGUAUGAGUAGACUGGAGGGACAUGCCGAUGUCCAGUCUCGUCAGAGGAAAAGAAAGAAAACAAAAGGGAAGGCCCAGGAAUUAGGAACCGUUUCUGUCGUCUCUGCCCAUAACUAGCUGUGAGGAAGGCCUACUGCAAAGCAGAGACGCGGGCACUCGGGCCCUUCUCUGCGUGGCCCAGCAGUACACAGCCACUGUUGGGCCGCGUCUUCUAGACCCUUUGGCAGCUUCUCCCAUAUUCUCUGCGCUUUCCGCCACGUCUGAACUACUGUCCAGAUUUUAGCCGGCCUCACAUCUGACAUUUAGCAUAAAAGGCCCCUCUCAAAGCUGCCCUAGACCCUUUCCCAUACCUUCACUCUUUCCCAUCAGCAUACUUGGAGUGUGGCUUAUCUCCCUCAAUGCAGAGACAGUGGUCUCACCCAAAAGCCAUUAGGUGUAGUGAGGGUGAUGGGCAGUCGGUGUCUCCUCGUGAGAUAGUUUUGUCUCAUUCAGUCCUGCUCAGUUACCACCCUUCCCAUUUCCCUAGUCUGCUUUGUCCCCAGACCUCCUUCCAGCACACAGUUCUAGGGAGCCAAGUCAAGGAAUGGGACACAGGAGAGCCCCACGCAAAGUCCAGCAGCUGCUCAGACGCUGCAGGACCCCUUCUAAAUGACUGGCAAGUGAAGGGCACAGUGGGACUUGUAGCCGCCUCCCUGCUGCGCUCUGGCUCUGCCCGUCAGUGCCCGAAGUGUGGUGCUGGGUGUGUACACAUUGCCCACUGUCACUCAGACACCAGGCCCUGGGAAGAAGGACUGAAAGCACUGGCUUCCCCAGACAGAAGACAGCCGCUGUGCAAACCUUCACCCCCUCCAGCGUUGGUCGCAAGCCCCUGCACAGAGCUGACUCACCAGGAGUCACAGAAGACCUGCGCCAGUUAGCGUCCUCACCCACGUUCCUUCCAAGGUGCUCAGCACCGAUGCAUCCAUCCCUUUGGCAAAGAAGAGGGAAGAAAGGCUGCCGUCCUUAGGACUCCGUACACUCUCGGUGGGAGGAGGCCCACUUUGUCCUUAGUGGACCGUGUGUCCCUGGUGCACCCUCUGGGCCCUCUCUAAUGAAUGAACACUCCUCAGCAUGAGGAAGAUGAGGAGGAAACACAACUGUGGAACCUCCGCUGCUCGCUGGGUUCUUACUGACCAUCUGGGCCUUAGCACCCAGGUCUCUGUGUCAGUAUGUUGGGGUGAUGUUUUAGGAGAGCAGAUGAGCAGGCCAGUGGGUAGGCAAGGCUGGUGUUAGUGUCAGUUAACCCUGUGAAGUGGAUGUGGUUGAUGUGAUUCAGAGGAGAGGGGGUGGGGUGGACUGUAUUCAGAUUUCUCUCCUUCCUGGUGGCAAAGUUGUUUUCUGCUAUAAAAGCCAACUUGGCUUUGUUCUCUUUGCCUCUAAGGACUGGAACUGACCGACCACAGUGUGGAGCAGGUCAGGAAGGGAGGCCAGCCCAGCAGAGAGGACCUCCCUGGACCAGGUCUCGGGAGUUGCAAACACUCUUUUUGAACAGUGUGGUGGAGGAGUGGGUUGGGUGAUCGUAGGGAGUGGAGUUAAUGUUGAGGAGGCUUAGGGAAGUAUUACUGGUGGUUCAUGGUAGUAAGGGUGAUGGGGUCCUCACUCUGCCCCUCCCUCCCCCAGGUUCUCAUCGUCUGGCUGAGGGCAGGGGAGGGAGGAGUGAGCAUGGCUCUUGCUGGCCUGCCAAAUAGCUGCUAGGACAAAAAACAAACAGAAGGAAACUGCUUGGUGCCCCAGCUAGCAGACAGAGCUUGAUGAGAGGCAGGGUCUCCUCCCAUGGCCCAGCCUGAGACCGCACAACUCCCCAGCCAGCCAUUAUACCACAACACAUUCCAGCCCAGGGGCUCACAGGCCCUGCUCCCCACUCCUGUUUGUCCCUCUUAUGUGCUUUAUAGAUUCUUGAAGGGGAAGCCUCAGAAUUAAGCAGGCCAGAGAUGUCCUUACCAAAUUAGAAUGGAAAGUAAAAUUGUCCCUUUCUGUAGCCAAAGAACCUUCUCAAAGACACCUCUAGAGAAGAACAAAUACCAUUCAUUCCCCAUUCCCUUCUGGGCAAUAUUCUCUUCUCCUGCCUGCUCUUUGUACUUCACUGCAUUUGUUUCAAAACCACUCAUCUUUAAAGAGGAGUGGAGUAGUGGUCCUAAACGCUGCUGCUCCUGGGGAACCGAGGGCCCUACAGUGCUCACAUUUGUGCUUAAUUGAUCUCAUGGUACAGUGUGGGCUAGAAAACCAGCAAGCAGACCUUCCCUGGGGACCCACACUGCACCCCAGGCUUAGGCAGUAUCUGUCCACUUGCCUAGUCUCUACAAGCAGUACUCAGACAAAUCCAUCAAGCCUCUAGAGAACCAAAGAGGGCAAAAUGAGGCUUACUUAAUUGCAAAAGAAACCUCAUGAACACUUUGGCACUAUGGCUCACUGUAUGGCCAACUGAGUCUUUAGGGCAGCUCAUGAGAGAGCCCAGGCCGUCCCAGAAUUGCCAGAAAAGAGAUCCUGGUGGCUCCCUGUCACAGACGACACCCCUCCCCCAAUCCUUUCAGGGUCCUACAUCUCAGACCCAUGCAGGAGAACAUUACGCUGAUUGCCUCUUGCUGCACACUAGUAGUACCCCAUGUGUAAGGACUCACCAACAUUUAUUGAGUGUUCACAGUAUGCCAGGGCCUGAGCAUCCUCCCACAUCCCAGCCACACACCCCUGGCAAGAGUCAGUACCCUGUUUGACAGAUGGAAAAGCUGGCCCUCUGAGAAAGUGGCAUGUGUGGAAGGAAAAAUAGGAUACAGUUCAGAACCCCCAAGUUUUUUAUCCUGUUUUUGUUAAUUGGGACUUUCCUCUAUGAAAUGUUGUUUCCUGUUUAACUAACUGCAGUGAGCAGCCUAUCUCUAAUGAGCUGUUCAGUGAUGCUGCCUUCCCUGUGUGCCAAACACUGUGCUAAGAAUUGCGGAAUGAACCCCAUGACACCAGCCAUGUCAGUACCUGUAUCUUACAGAGCCUGCAGCCUGCCCGGGCCACCCUCUAGGGAGAAGGGGACAGAGGGCUCGAUUCUGUCUGCGUGGCUCUAGAGCUGCGCUCACAGCCCCCAGCCUCAGCUGCAUCCCUGUGUAGCACAGUCAGUCCUGGGCAGAGUGUCACACCUGUCUUCCCUGUGACUGUGGACUUCAGCAGGGCUGUGCAGAGGUUCCUGGAUUGGAUUCAGGUGGAAGAGGAGUUCAACUUGAAGAAAACUCGGGGGGUUUCUCUGGAUUCCUAGAAUUCCUUUCUAGCUUUAGUCACUAGUCACGCUGCUACAACUCUUAGGAGAGCGAAGGGAAAGUGUUCUUUUCUUUCAAAAAAAUAAACACAGAAGAUGAUUUUUCUUGCUUAGAGUUAAUCCUAGAAAGGCAAUACUAAAAGUAUAUAUAUUUUUUUUCCCAAAAUGCUAUUUUUUACUGUACUUGAUAAAUAUCUUGACAGCUCUGAUCUCUGUACUAGACCCUCUAUUCAGCUCUGGACAGAACCAGAAGCCAGGUUCACGCCAAAUUUGUAAAUACCAUCUGGGUCUGUGUCCAGAAACUUUUUUUUUCUAUGAAGAAACAAAAACAAACAAGAAGAGGAGGGGAAGAUGAAGGCAAGUUGGGAAGAGGAACAAAAUGGAGUUUUCUGCAAGAGAGACCCUUCUCGGGGAGACGGACAGAGCAUAGUGGAGCGAAGCAUCCCAGUGAGGAAGUGAGAGGAGGUGCCUCUGGCUGCGGAGGUUGGGGGCACCACAGCCGCGGGUCAGUUCACUUGAGAGAGGACAAGACUCAGUCUAGAAGUGCUGGAGACUAGAUUUGAACUAACUUCUUUAAGACUCUUAAGUAUCUGCUCAGUUGUUCGGUUGAAUUUCUCGUUUCUUCUAAAAAUGUCUUUACUGACUGGCUCCAGGCUUGUUUGCCUAACUUCUUAGGUCGUUUACACAAGUUCUAAAUUCUUGUAGAACUUUAACUCCUUUGGAAGCAAACCCAACUAGUGCAGACCUGAGAUCCUGGUUGGUGUUGGUAGGUGUUCUGGAACUCCGGAGAGCACCUGGCAAUGUUUUCAGAAGGUUUUAGAUACAUUAUCUUACACAAACUGUGACCUAAUGGCAAUAAUUACCUCAAAUGUGGGCAUUCGUCCUGGUUUUAGCCUUUUUUGAAAUCAUGUAGCCAGCUUGAUCUUGUGAUUUAAAAGACUAUGAAUUCUCUGUGGGCUGAAAGUAAGGAUGAAUGUGUACCCUGGUCACUGUUGCCGAAGUGAAUUCUGAGAAUAGCUCAUUGGUAUACCAGAGGUGAAACCAAGGAAGAGAUGAUUCUUUGUGUCAUAAUCAAUGUGAUGUUCAAGGACGGGGAGAGCAUGUUUCUUGCCCUUUGCUUUCCCCAGUAGCAAGUAAACUACGCAAUUGACUGUCGAUAUUCAAGCAUACUUUUGGCUACAUUUUAUAGUUAAAGUAUUUUAUAGUUUACAUUUAACCUGGUACUUUUUAAAAGAAAAUUGUUUAUAACUGACAUCUUCCACCACAGUGAUUGAUUGACUCUUGUGUUAGAAGCUGUGUCUCCCCAAGGCAGGCAUUACACUGUUCUGUAGCCCACUGUGCGCCUUUCCUUUAUUGUUGCUUUCCAGUGAACCUGAGAGAAUGUGAAAGGAAGUCUAGAGGGAAUGGGAAGGGGUGAGUCCUGAACCUGGGCCAGACGUAGAGGCCUGUGCCAUGUUGUAUCGACACUUGUUGUCAAGGCCUUCUUGACAGCAUGGAGUGGGCAGUGAGAAGUGAUCUCUGCUUCAUCACUUCUGUCUUGAUUUGAGUGCUUCCUCCGGGACUAGAUCACUCACCUGGCAGUAGAUGAUGCUGGUUCUCAGCAGCUCUGAAGGUAUGACCAGUGAAGCUUUGGUCAGCAUUUUGAGAGGGAGAACCAUACCCCUAUGCCAUGGGGUUUUCCACAUAUCACUGUUUUAGUCCUUUCUUUUUCUUUCUUUCUUUCUUUCCUUCUUCCUUUCUUUUCUUCCUUUCUUUCUUUCCUUUCCUUUUCUUUAAAAUAAAACCCAUGUAAAAUGAUGUGUUCUUUCAUUUCCCCAUUGUCUGGCUAAGCUGGGAAACCCAGUUGAGAGGCCUCUGCUCACAGGCGCAGGUGCUUCUGAGCCAAAGGAGCUGGGGGUGAACAGCGAAAGACGGCCCAUGGGAACUGGGUCUGCAGAGGGAUUUACAGGGACAAGUGGGGGGCCGCUGGUAGGCAGAAGACAAGAAAGGUCAAUUUCCCUGACAGUUUUGUUGGGUUUGGGUUUUUUGAGGUGUUUUUGUUUUGUUGUGUCGUGUCUUUAAGACAGGGUCUCACCAUGUAGCCCUGGCUGGUCUGGAACUCACUGUGUGGACUGAGUUUUGAUUUUUCUUGUGCCACCACUGAACUGUGGAGAACCCAUGGUGAUCUAUGGUGUGAUGUGACCGUUCCUCUAGCAGACCCCUUGAGAGCUGCAGCAUGCCAGGGUACCCGGGACUUCACCUCUGUUGGCUUUGUGUGUGUUGGCUUCACACACACACAGUGCUGACAGCAUGCUCUUGUGAGCUGUUAGAAUGUCCUUACAGAAUGUUCCUCAUCUCACCCUUCUGAGCCAUACUCCCAGGCUCCUGGUGUGUGUGUGUGUGUGUGUGUGUGUGUGUGUGUGUGUGUGUGUGUGUGUGUGUGUGUGUGUGUGUUUUCCUUUGCACUAAUAAACCAAAUGAAUUUUGUGUCAUUGUCUUUGGAGCUAACCCAUGUUUUUAAAAAUGAGAGGCGUAAAAAUGCGCUUUUCAUUAAUAUUUGAAAAGUUAAAGUUACUGCAUCUAAAGAAGGUCUCUGCUGUGGCUGGCUCUCUUUAGUGUCCUCUCAAAUCAGCUUCCAAAAUGGCUCUCUCUUGCCCCUCCCCCCAUGUAGACUCACUGCUCCCAUAGCCACCUCUGCCUCCCUGCUGUCACCACAGAUCCAUGCUCUGGCACUCAGGACUCCAGGAAGCUCCAGAGCCAACUAGCAGACUUGCUUAGCCUUGAGAGCCAUGCUCCUGCCUCCCUGCUGGGCUGGUGGCCUGGGCAUUUGCUAUUAGUACUUCGGCUCAGAUUAGGAGGAAGGACAUAGGAAGUUUCAAGUGACUUGAGUGUGCCAUCCUCUAGCUUUCUGUGACUGAGUGGAACGAAACACACACACACACACACACACACACACACACACACACACACACACCACGUGCCCUUCAAAGCAGAGAUUCUGUUCACACUGCCUCCAAGUCCGCUAGCCCCCUGCCCUCCACACACCCCCCUCUCUCUGUGUACUGCCCAUUUGAGGCUGGCUUUCUUCCAUGGGUUGCCCAGGGCACAAUCAUUUCUCGCCCCCAAAGCCCCCUUCACCCCUUUGUGUGUGUGUCUUUUAACCAAAUGAAGUUGACAAAGGCGGAUGUUGGGGCUGCAGAAUUCCUAGUGUAGUAGCAGCACUGUAUAGAUAGAGAUGUUGAUAUAUAUGUUUGUGUAUAUAUAUAUCAAGCCAAAUUUCUGAUAGGAAAAGUAUAGCUUUAUGGAUGAGAAGGAAGAGGAACCCUUUAGAGGUUGGAGCCAGCCUCAAUGUGUCCAAUGGGCAAGGCACAUCCUGUUCCUUCACACACAGCUAAGGCCUCAGCACCCAGCCCUUGCCGUCCUCCUCACCUCAGCAGAGCUGGGAGGCCGUGAGGGCUCUGUUGCUCUGCUGCUCCCUAGCCACAAAGGCACGGGAGAGUGGGGGGCAGAUCAGAAUGACGGGGUUUCCAGCCCAUUUGCUCUGACCACAUGUAUUGAGCUGCAGCCUGAUACUAUAUCACAUUUCCAAAAACAAAAGGCACCGUGAAGAUGGCGAGAAAGAUCUAUAGCAAUGCUUACCUUUCAGCCAGCCACCUGUGAGCUCAGGACGCUCUGGGCAGAAAGACAUACUUCGUAGGACAAAAACAGGGAAGAGGAGACCUGGCAAUGCCCGUCCCCAGUCCAAGGAACAAGGCUCCUUCCUCCAAGGUCAUCUCACCUAGGUAUUUCUCUACCAGGUCAUCUCAGCUCAAUCUUGAUAACCCCUUGAAAGCCCUGGCCCAUCUGUUCCUUCACUGUAUGGUUUCUGUAAGAAAGUGUUAAUCCAUGUUAAUCUGUGUGGGGAUUAUUGCGUGCAACAGUAUUUUCUCGUGUACCUCUUUUUCCUCUGUGAUGUGUCUCUUUAUUUAUAAAUGUCUACUUUUUUUUUAAAGGACAAACCAGUGUGUCGUAGACCUCUAUGUAACCUAUCCCUUAGUCUCAUUAUAGGUAUGUUAUAAGGAUGGAUAUUUUACUUGGCUUUAGAAUGUUUUUCAAGAAAACUAAUUCUUAACUGAUGAAGUUGUUGCUACUAAAAUGCUCGUUUUCAUCAUGACGUCGUGCGCUUCUAAAUUAAUCAUCAUUUUCGUUGUAGAAAAAUGGAGUGAAUUUAUAUUAGUCUUGGAAACUAAUAAUAGCAUUGUAAAUUUAUGAGAUGAUUUUAACAGAAAAAUUAUAGAAGAAUAGAGUUAUUUUAAUUGUAAUAUUACUAACUGUAGGGUGAGGAAGGGGUCCUGUUGUGGUGAACUCUGUUAUAGCUUGUAACUCAGUUUCUUUUUGAUCAUAUUUUCAGUCUCUGAGGUGAAGCGAGUUAUUAAUGGGAUCUGUAAACUCACAUAUGCAUAUUGUAUAUGUGUAGAGAUGUGAUCACACUGUCUUGGAAUUACAUUAAACUGUUUGGAAUCACUGUA